UUUGUGUAAGGGACCCCUUCAGAUCGUUUUGCCACGAAGAAACAAGACAUUUCUUUUGUGGAAUCUGUUUGCAAAAUUGACGAAUGUUUUUCUUGUCUAAACUCCAGGAAGUUUCAAUUUCUCCACUAUUUUCUUAUCUGAUAACGAAUUAAUAAUCCUGAUUUACCAAAGUUCGGGCUUCAAUGUACUCAAACAAUUGGCUUCUGAAACAAAAUGGUCACAAGCUUGGAUCAAACCGUUGGAUGGGGGCUGAUGUUUCUAGCAGCCACAAUUUUCGUUUAUUAUUCCAUUUGGGUUAUUAUUCUGCCUUUUCUGGGACCAAACCAGAAACUCCAUUCCUUCUUCCCGCCUCAGUUUUAUGCAGUGGCCUUUCCAUUGGUAUUGAUGUCAGUAGCCCUUGUCAUCAUUGGUUUAACUAUGACAGUCAUUAUAGUCAGAAGUAAAUUGAAAGCAAAACCUAAAAGUGAAUAAAUUUUAUUUUUUAUAUUUUUA